CUAUCUAAUAUCGGGACAAAUUGAAUCUCGUGGCAUUUCUCAGCAACCGCCUAGCUCGGAAAAUCAGAAACCUCUGAGUAAGCCCUGGGAAGUGAGCGCGUAUUCAAGAAGAGAAGGGAAAGGAACUUUGUCGACCUCCUUCGCACAUACCACGCAUACCAAAGGUACCGAGAACGAGUGGAGUCAUACAUCUUACGCCGCCCGGAUUGCCUGCCCUACAUACCUAGUGAACGUACGUUUGCGACUGGGCCACCCCUCUCUUUCAACUACACAAAGCAGGCUGAAAUUUGGCGCAACCAACAGCCAACAAGCGAAGCACCCAGCCUCUUUUGUUUCUUCUGGCCACCUCCCGUCAGGUUGACAUUCCCACCCCUGUCGUCCGGACAUCGAGAAGCCUGGAAGGAGAUUAUCCGACGAGACGAAGUCAUUCCCGUUUAACAACUGAACCAGUCUUUCUGCCCUUUCCCAACCAAAACGCGCGAAAGUGCAAUUGUGCUCAUUCCCCUAAAGUCCGUCCACAAGUCCGUCCACCACCACGCGCCAACAGGCAUAAGUGGUAUACAUCCACAUACUCAAGCCGCUGGCCUCGGCACUUGGAAAAACCCCUCUCUAAAUACAUAUGCCUCUCAGACACCUACCUGAUUGUUAUCGGUGUGGAGAAGACUUGCAGACCUUCAACCAGCACCACACCACGCAGCACCCACGCACAUCAUCCAUCUAGGUUAUACUUUGUGCUCCGUAAUACAAGUUCGGGAUUUUGGGAGCAUUUCAGAUCCCUGCAGACAACCACCCACACCACCGCUCGGAUUCCUUGCGCCAAUCAUCUGCACCGCGUUCUGACCUGACCCGGUGCUGACUUGGCCAACCAACCUUGACCGCCUGCCCACUCGAUGCAUUUGUACAUUUGACCCAUCCCGCUUUUGCAUCUACUGCGGAGUAGCUCUUUACAGGGCAUUUGCUCUCCGCGCAACCCACAUUUACUCGAGCACUCCCGCAAAGCCAAACCCUGAAUUCUGGAUCCCCAGGAAGCUCGGCCACAUUGAUACAAAUCCUCUCGUCGCAAACCAGUUUCUCAAAAGAAGGAAGCAGGAGAAAAAAAGGAGUCAGAGCAAAAAGAAAAAACAAAACCCUGUGGCGCAUCCUACCGAGCGACCAUCUCGCGGCCGACUCUACUGCCAGAGUCCGUCCGCCCAACGCGCCCGAGCCGACCGAAAAUCGCUACCUGGCUAAGCCUGUCUACUUCACCGCCAUCUUUGUGUGGUUGCAACGAUCUUCAGCUACUCAGUCCUCGACAACCAACCAAGUCCUUCACCAACACGCCGUCCGUCAUUGUCGUUGCCGCCCUCGCUCACCCACUCCAAGCGCAGGUCCAAAUCCAGCUAGACCGGGAUUAUCCCCCUCCUCCUGCAGCAGACUGAGAGACUCACGACUCACACCAACUACACUCCGGGGCAAUCCUGUCCUAAUCUUGGAUCCAGGUUACUGCAUUGCCAGGAAUAAUCAAUCUACAUACUUCGUCGAGCGCACGAUCCGCCCGUUGCUUCUUUGUGUCAGCUUGCGCCACGUUCGCAGCACUUUUUCUAGAACCAAAGACGCCUUUGUCGCCCGUCCCUGACCGUGUUACGCACUCCGGCCCUUCGCCCCGCCACUCCAUGGUCACAUAAAGACGACAGCUGAAAUCCCACGAUCUUCCACCACCACCCGGCAAAAAGUCCGAAGAAGUUACUUUUUGGACCCCAUUUCUAAUAGAAAGGCGACAAGAAAUUCUUUCUUUCCCCAGAUAACGGUCCCGACGCAUCCGCCCUCGCGGGCAUCCACACUAAAAACCAGACUCGGUCAACCCCAUCCCGCGCACCAUACCCACGCAUCGGCGCAAAACAGUUGAGAUGGCGCAACACGGCUUCAACCAAAUUGCUGGCGCACACGGAGGCGACAGCAUCAAUCCAAAUGACCUCAAUAUGGUGGGCAACUACGGUUCUUCUUACCAAAACGCCUUCAGUGGCAACAACAACCAGCAAAACUCAUACGCAAAUGGAUCGGCAUUAUUUGGCGAUGACGAACUCCUCGAAGGCCUCGCAAGCCCAACUGACACAUCGCCAAACAUGCACAGCAAUGGCCCCGACUUCGGCAACAUGAACGAGAUGACUAUGGGCGGUUACUCGAACUCAAUCUACACAACUCACGGCAUGCCGAUGGAUCAAAACCGCAUCAGCGGCUAUUCAAACACACCAGAAGGCGAUCCAAUCCAGAGCCCUUUUGCACACAAUUUCAAUCAGUAUCGACAGAUGCAGCACCCUCAGUCAUUCGGAAACUCGCUCCAGUCUCCCAUAUACGGAGCCUCGCCACUUCCUGGCUCGGAGAUCAACCACGAGGCUGACCCAAACUACAUGAGCUCCAAAGUUCGCCCUCGGAUACCGACUGCUAUGGCACGCAAGUCCUCGGGCGGUCGCACACCAAUGACACCAAAGGCAUCGGCAGCCAUGGCUAGCUUGACUAUCGGUUCUGCAGAUUCCUUCAACCCUCAGCCAAUCCGGACAAACGGCGCAAACCAUGAGAAGGCACACUCAGGCCAGUGGUUAAACACUCCCAACAGCAUUGGCUCAUAUCCCGGCUCUGGUUUCUCGUCGCCAAUUCAGCCCGGUCUUCACAGCGCCCAGAUUAAUGACAUUUUGCUCAAGGGCGGUACUUCGAUGCCUGCUAAGCUGAACUCGCCCCUCACCUCAACCCAAGAGGCCAAACGCAAGAGAAGGCGAGAAUCGCACAACCUCGUGGAGAGGCGACGCAGAGAUAACAUCAACGAGAGGAUUCAGGAUCUCAGCAAACUGGUUCCUCAGCAUCGUCUUGAGGAUGAGAAGAUCAAGAAACUCAUCCAGAACGGAACCCCGCUUUCGCCCACACUUGCCGGCAUUUCAAGCCCAUCACAAGCCACAUCCGGCCUUGCGGGUCCUGGAGCCAGGCGAGCUGCUGGAGGAAGCACAGGCAACAUUACAACGGGACUCCCCAUCGACGACAAGGACAAGGGGCCAAAUAAGGGAGACAUCCUCAACGGUGCUGUCAGCUGGACGCGCGACUUGAUGUGGAUGCUUCAACUCAAGCUUCAACAACAAGAGGAAAUGGCCAACUACAUCAUCGAGAUUGGUGGCCAGGUCCCCUUCGAGCCCACUGAUGAUGAGAAGCGUAUGCAGUCGGAGCUCGCUGAGGCCAUGCAAAGAUGUGAAAUGGUCGAGGAGGGGAAGAACUUCACAUACUCCCGCCGUGCGGGAUCUGGCCUACGAGUUCCGCACCACACCGAUUACAAAGGCGAGCCUCUCGAUGGUACCAACAGGAACACCGUCGACGGCGUGUCUUCACUCAGCCCUGGCGGCACAAUGACAAAUGACGUGGGCCUGGGCUCCGACCUUGGCAACCAUGGUCAAGGCCCCUUCUGGAACGAGGACGACGACGGUAGCGGCGAGCUUGAUUUCAAGGAAGAGGAUGAGUACAUGGACUUGAACUAGUCUAGCGUUGGGCGGCGACGAGCAAUUCCUUCCUACAAGUAUCGUUUCAUCUCAUCUUUGUAAUGUUAUACCCCCAUUCUUGUCUUUCUCUUUGAUAUUUUUGCGCUUCAUUUGCACAGUUCUUUGUAAUUUCCGCUCCAUUUUCAGGCAAUACUCUUGCACACGCAUUCAUACAGGUUACGGUACAUCAAGAGGUUUUUCUUUACCUUAUCUUUAUUAUUAGCUUUGGUCAUUAUUCUCUUUCUAUUUUUCUUGAUUUCUCCCCUUUGUCCCGGAGGCAUAUUUCACUCUCUAUCAUCAGGGUCGGAGGAUCUGCUGGCUUUAUCGCAUUUUGUCUGGUUUUAAAGGCGGACGGGAUAUCAUCGGAGUUUUUUUGCUACUUGUUUAACACGGCCUAAAUGGACUUAUCUGCGCUUGACAUCGCUGGUGUUCAUUAGUAGCCUAUUUAUCUUCUGGUAUUCACAACUGUUUCAAACUCUAUAUUUGCUUCUCCUGUCUUGGAUAGUUGUGACCAACCAAGCGCUCGACCAUUAGCUGCCAAAUAUGGCAUGCUUCGUCACUCGGUUACUACGUGUGCUCCUGUUCCCCUUAUAUAGCCUGGAAUGGGUCGAGAACGAUCUGCUUUUGUGGAUACGAAGCCAGCAUUGGAAUGAUAAUCAACACAGACACAUACCCAACCAAGCAUGAUAUACAAGGCGAAUGAACCAGAAGCCCUUAAUGUUGAAGACGUUCAAGUGAGUGA